AUGUCGUCUUCCAGAAGGCGCAGCUCGAGGCACCAAGGCUCAGCAGCAACCCCCUCAUCAUUGCAGGAUGACGACUUCGUCUCCUCCUCAUCGCGCCCAUCUGAUCCAUUGGCAGAUCCAUCCACGAUCUCCCCCGCAUCUUCACCAGGUGCCAAGCAUCCAGGCCAUCGCGCAUCGGUGUCCAUCGAUGAGUGGGCAGACGACGAUGCGAUGAGAUCGUCCGGGUCCACUUCAUUCAAACCUUCUGGCUCCACUUCUGGUCCGUUUGCUGCGUCCGAAGCUGCAGAAGCUGUAGCCGAAGGCGUUGCGGAGUCGGCGACCUCGGCGCUCGGCGGAUGGCACUACGCACCGCUACUCAUCGCUCUCAUUCCACCAGCAGGAGCGCUUCUGGGCGGCAAAGCCGACGCUUGGUCGGAUGCGGUCCUGCUCAUCUUGUCUGCCUUUUGGCUGUAUCAAUUCUUGCGCGUUCCACACGACAUUUAUCAUGCGGCCAGGACGAGACGCAUACUAGCGGCCGACUCUCACGAAGACUCUUCCGAAGUGUCUGUGCAGCAGCUGGAAGCCAUUGCUGAACUCAAGCGUACCGAAGCCAUUAGCCUUUUCGCUUGCGUGGCCAGCCCUGUGGCUGGGGCUUGGGUGCUCCAGUGGCUCAUGGAGAAUUUGACAGAGGGUAAUCGUUAUUUGUGAGUCUCGUCAAAGCUUCCAUGCGGCUCUGCGAAAUGCGCUUAUUCGCAUCGAUACCCUUCCAGCAACAAGUUCAACAUCCGCCUCUUUAUGCUGGCAGCGGGCAUCAAGCCUUGGACAGUGAGCAUGAAAGCGUUUGUUCUGCCAUCCGAUGUGGAGCUUUUCGCUGAUUUCGCCUUGCUCGGCUGCAGCAUGCGUUCUCCUUGCUUCGACAGCGUGUGUUGCAUCUACACGAAGUGGUCCACUAUCCCUCUUCCCGCGUCCAGGCUCUCAACAACCGCGUCGCAUCCCUGGAGACGGACAUUGCUGCUCUUCGACGCUUGGUGGCGCUCAAGACCGACGUGUCCACUCUGCGAGAAGGCAUCGAUGUGCCUUUGACUCAGCUCAGUCGGUCCAUGCGACGCUACGAGAAGAAGGGAGAGCAUUUGCGCUUGUCUGCAGAAGACAAGUUUGGCCUGCUUGAAGGACGUUUGGAGGACCUGUUGCGCGAGGUUGCGAUCAACGCAGAGCUCAUCGAGGAAGAGCGAAGAGAGCGUGAACGCGCAAGCUUGCUUCCGGCUUCCAUAUUCCAGGCGCUCAAAUUUGCUUUGGGACAGCGAAACGAGUCUCAACGUCACUACCUCUACGACGCCCCUCGCAGCCUCCCGUCGACGGCCUCACUAGGCCUAGCUGCUCCUGAGGGCACCACGUCGACGUCGGCCUACAACAAAACCAUCGGGCCCGCUCCAAAUGUGAAUGUAGCGGCCUCUUACCCUACUUCAGCAGCGGAUCCCCGUCUGUACGCUGGGAGUGCGCAUCCGAUGGCUUCGCCGCCUUUAUCGCCCUCGCAUCUACCUGGUCAGCCGCACAGCGCAGUGGCCCAACAAGCGGACAAACCCAACGAGAAGUGGUAUUCUUCAGGCCCUGCAUACCUCCUCACGCUCCCUGUCACUCUACCUUUGAGCGCAUCCAACGCAGCCAUCAAGUUUGCCAACGAGAAGGUGAGAGGCGCAGUUAGCGAUGCGUCUCAAAGCGCCUUGGACGCUGCCGGUGCGAACAGCCAAGGCCAAAAUGCAUCUGCCCAGCAGUAUCAGUCUCAACAGCAACAGCAGCCUCAAGGAGCACACAGGAAUGGAUCGACGAGGGGCGGCAAGAUGCACAGCACGGCUCAUCAGCGCCGAAUCGAAGCUUUUGGUAAAGCCUAG